AUGGCCCUGCUUGUUAAUGUCCGAAAAUUCAAACGUGAUGUCCUCGCCAUGAUACAUUGGAAACUAGUGCACUGGCCGUCAGCCACAUUCUCCUCAUACUCGCACUUAAAGCCUCCGCGUCCUCCCGCAUCUUCCAACGUCACACGUUUCGCUGUUGAUCCACCACCACAGGUCUCCGCCGCUAUGGACGUGGCCCAGGCUGUAUACAAUUAUGUCUCCCGCAUCAUCUCACCACCUGGCGAUGCCUAUACGUCCAGUCAUUCUGCCAAGAUGAAAGCCCUCCUAUUAGACAAGGAGACGGUGCCUAUUAUUUCUACGGCAGUCACCCAAUCCACACUGCUCAGCCACGAGGUCUACUUGAUAGACCGCCUGGAGAAUUCAUCCAGGGAAAAGAUGCGGCACUUGAGGUGUCUCUGUGUCGUUCGGCCCUCUCCCGAAUCCAUACAACACCUCAUCGACGAACUCCGCGAGCCCAAAUAUGGCGAGUAUUUUAUCUAUUUCACCAACGUCGUCAAGAAGUCUUCGCUGGAACGACUCGCCGAGGCCGAUGACCACGAAGUUGUCAAGCUCGUGCAGGAACAGUUCGCCGACUUCAUUGUCAUAAAUCCUGAUCUCUUCUCUCUUGGCCUCUCCGUACCCCAAUAUCGUGUCUGGUCAACCAACCCAGACGUCUGGAACCCUGACGCUCUUCAGAGAUGCGCCGCCGGCUUGGUGGCCGUUCUUCUGGCCCUCAAGAAGAAGCCCGUCAUCCGAUACGCCAGGAGUAGCCCGCUAGCACAAAAACUAGCAACCGAAGUUCGGCAUCUUAUGACCCAGGAGGACCAGCUUUUCGACUUCCGCAAGGUUGACACGCCGCCUGUGCUGCUGAUCCUCGACCGGAGGGAGGAUCCUAUCACCCCGCUCCUCACUCAGUGGACAUACCAGGCCAUGGUGCAUCAUCUGCUCGGCAUCGACAAUGGCCGAGUCGACCUUAGUGGCGUCCAUGACAUUCGACCCGAGCUGAAAGAGAUCGUCUUGUCCCAUGAUCAGGACCCUUUUUUCAAGAAGAACAUGUACCUCAACUUCGGCGACCUUGGCGGGAAUAUCAAGGAAUACGUCGAACAAUACCAAUCAAAGACACAAAAUAACGCCAAUAUCGAGUCUAUUAGUGAUAUGAAGCGCUUUAUUGAAGAGUAUCCAGAGUUUCGAAAGCUCUCAGGCAACGUCAGCAAGCAUGUCACCCUAAUCUCCGAGCUGAGUCGACGAGUCGCCGCCGAGAACCUACUCGAGGUCAGCGAGCUGGAGCAGAGUCUGGCUUGUAACGACAACCAUUCCGGUGAUGUCAAGAAUCUGCAAAAUAUCAUUCAGUCCCCCAAAGUAACGCCGCAAAACAAGGUGUCACUGGUUUGUUUGUAUGCUCUUCGCUAUGAAAAGCAUCCUGGCAAUGUGCUCCCCAUGCUGCUUGACCUCCUCGUUGCCGCUGGUGGUGUCUCAAGACACCAGGCAGGCCUGGUGGCAAACCUCCUUACGUAUCACUCGUCCCUCCAAAAGUCACAGUCCCAGACGGGAAUAGCAGACAUAUUUGAGUCCACCGGCAUAUUCUCUGGCGCCCGGGACCGUUUCAAGGGGCUCAAGGGUGUUGAAAAUGUCUACACCCAGCAUAGUCCCCUUCUCGAAGGCACUUUACAAAACCUAGUCAAGGGCAAACUCAGGGAGCAACAGUAUCCCUUUGUUGAAGGUGCGAGUGUUACACGGGACAAGCCACAGGACAUUAUCAUCUUCAUCGUGGGCGGUGCAACCUUUGAGGAGGCCAAGAUGAUUGCUGCUGUAAACGCAUCGUCUCCAGACGUCGGGAGGGCGACGAGGGAGAAUCGGGGAGUAUUUUUGACCCUCGGACAACAGAAGACGACCAGACGCUUCAUUGAACCCCAACGGAAUUACCAAACGAAGACCCUACUUGUUGGUGACCCAGGUCAAGCGUCGUUUCCGCCCACGUAUAGCAUGCGAACGUUCCGCACCAUAUCAGUUCUUCAACGGUGGAAAACGCCCAGAUCAUUGCGACAAGAUCGAAGGACAUUAGCGUCGGCUGCGCCUAACAACAGAUUCUUUGAUGUGGUUGUCGUAGGAGGCGGCCAUGCCGGCGCCGAAGCGUGCGCGGCAGCCGCACGAGCUGGCGCGAGGACUGCUCUAGUGACGCCUAAGAUGGACAACCUGGGUACCUGCUCUUGCAACCCAAGCUUUGGUGGCAUCGGAAAGGGCGUCAUCAUCCGUGAAAUCGAUGCGUUGGACGGUUUGUCGGGGAGAAUCAUAGACAAGGCCGGUAUACAUUUCAAAGUCUUGAACCGCCAGAAGGGACCUGCUGUCUGGGGACCUCGCGCGCAGAUCGACCGAGAUCUAUACAAGAAGUAUAUGCGGGAAGAACUGGAGAACUAUCCGAACCUCUCUGUGGUCCUGGGCAGCGUCUCCGAUAUUGUAUUAUCCUCCCACAAUGAAUCAUCUGAUGGCUCACAGAGUAGGAUAACUGGCGUCCGGCUCGAAUCCGGCGAGGUGAUUUCGACGGGACGGGUCAUCAUAACCACGGGGACCUUUCUCGGCGGCGAGAUUCACAUCGGUUUAGAGAGCUAUCCCGCGGGCCGAAUAGGAGAGGCGGCCACUUUCGGACUCAGCAAGUCUCUUAAGGACGCGGGGUUUCGUCUCGGGCGGCUCAAGACGGGAACACCGCCGAGGGUAUCGCGCCGUAGCCUCGACCUCUCAAUACUGGAACCCCAGCACGGCGAGGACCCUCCAUCGCCGUUUAGCUAUCUCAACGACACGGUGGCCACGGAUAAACAACUCGAAUGCUACAUCACCUACACUAAUGAGGCCACACAUGCGAUUGUGCGGGCCAACCUCGACAAGACCAUUCACAUACGCGAAUCUGUGAAAGGCCCACGGUAUUGCCCGUCUCUCGAGUCGAAGAUCAUCCGUUUUCCGACCAAAGAACGACAUAUCGUUUGGCUGGAGCUGGAAGGCGUCGACAACGAUGUUGUCUACCCGAACGGGUUGUCAAUGACCGUCCCGCCAGAAGCCCAGGAACAAAUUAUCCGGUCGAUCAGGGGUAUGGAGAACGCCAAACUCCUACAAUCAGGAUACGGCGUCGAAUACGAUUACAUCGAUCCGAGGAGUCUUAAAGCCACGCUCGAGACAAAAGCCAUCAGAGGUCUGUACUUGGCAGGUCAAAUCAAUGGCACGACAGGCUACGAGGAGGCUGCGGGCCAGGGUAUCGUGGCUGGCAUAAACGCGGGCAGAGCAGCCAAAGAUCUCGAGCCCAUCACCGUCUCGCGAGGGGACGGCUACAUCGGCAUUAUGAUUGACGAUCUCAUUACGAAAGGCGUCUCGGAGCCCUAUCGCAUGUUCACAUCACGCAGCGAGUACAGGCUCACCACGCGGGCUGACAACGCAGAUCUGCGACUGACCGAGAAAGGACGAGGCUGGGGCAUCAUCUCGGACAGGCGCUGGUCGUCUUUUUCGGACGAGAAGCAGCAAAUCGACGACCUCAUGGCGCUUCUCUUUUCCUCGAUCAAGUCUCCCACGGAGUGGAUGAGGGACGGCUUCCAAGUCAAGGACGAUAGUCGACGUCGGGACGCUUGUGAAAUCCUGCGACUGCGCGACGUGACGUUAGACCAGGUAGCGGCAGUGAUACCCGAGAUCAACCGCUAUCCAAAACGAGUAAGGUCGCGUGUCAAUAUCGAGGCAGUUUACGCACCCUUUGUGAAGAAGCAACUGGCCGAACGGAGGACCUUCGCGCGAGACGAGGGACUGCGGUUGCCCGUCGAUCUCGACUACGAUCAAGUUGCGGGGCUGUCGCUGAACGAGAAGGAGAUUCUCAAAGCCGCCAGGCCAGAGACACUGGGUCAAGCUCGCCGGCUGGAAGGCGUCACACCAUCUGGCUGUGUUCGGCUUCUCGUGUUCGUGAGGCGCCAGGAACGAUCAGAGCGCUUCUCAGGCUCAGUCCCGAUAGCCAAGUUCUCACUCCCUGCGCGCAUCGCGCCGCAAGGCACGGAGUCGCAGAAUAAUGACCCGUUGGAAGGAAUAACCACGCGGUAG